UAGAAGAAGAAAACCGGGUGCGUCGGUGAAACAGGUCCGUCUUUAUUUCAAAACAUCAUUUACGCCAGAGGAGAAUGGACGCACUCGCACACAUGCUUACAGACCCUCUUGAUCCAAAAGAGGAAAACGAUGGACAGAUCACAGAGGAAUGCAUGCUUGGGGGGUGCAUAGUGAACCUACCAGAGGACCUACUGGAGGAUCCUGAUAUUUUUUUCUCGGUGUUGAGUGAAAACACCUGGAGUGAGGUUCUGACCGAUUCUCAGAGACAACACCUUCGUCAGUUUCUGCCACAGUUUCCUGAGAACAAGGCAGAGGAGCAGGAUGCCACCAUCAGUGACCUGUUCAACGAUGGAAAUUUUAACUUUGGAAAUCCUCUUCAUCUUGCACAGAAACUAUUUCGAGAUGGUUACUUCAACCCAGAAGUGGUCAAGUACAGACAAUUGUGUGCCAAAUCCCAGAGGAAACGCCACCUACACUCCCUUCAGCAGUAUUACCACAGACUCUUGAAGCAAGUUCUUGUCUCCAGAAAGGAACUGCUGGACUUUGUUGUUCACAAUGGUCUGGACUUUCCUCCAAAAAGGAGGUUGCCAAGCAAGACACACGCUGAGAUGAGAGAGUCGAGGGUGAAGAGACGACUGAGUCGCAUACUUAAGGAAGUCAAAACUGAGUGUGGAGACAGCAACGCCUCGUCUGAUGAUGACGACGUAUCCUUGUGGAGUCCGACGCCUCCGUCACCCUCUUCUCCAACACCCACCGUCUCACUCAGAGUACUUCCCAGCCUCUCCACACAAGACAUGAAAACCACAGAAAAAGUAGAACUGGGUGAACUCGAUUUGAAAGUCAUGCUGCAAAACCACUGCGAGAAGAGGAAGCGCCAGCCAGAUCAUCCAGACUUGAUAACUUCAGAUAUCCAGCUCAGAGACAUACUUUCAAGAGCAAAUAUAGGUCGGAAAGGGACUAUGCCGCUCUUCGACCUGCCUCUGCCUAAGAAGAAGAUGAGAGAUGAGAGAAGGAAGAAAAAACUGAGGACUAUAAAAGUGGAAUCUGAGGAUCCUUGUGAAAGUCUCCCCCCUUCAGACGCCCCCCCAGCCCAACCAGUCAACAUCAUGAACUCCCUCCCAGACGCCCCGUCCACCCCCCUGACCAACAUCAAGGAGGAGAUUGUGGAGGAGUGUCAGAGCAGCCCGGUUACAGUUGAGGAAAUAGCUGCCAGUUUCUUCAGCUUAUUGGAGAGCAUCUUUAGAGCAGAAUGCCUUGCCAGCACUUCUAUGCUGGAGGAAAAGGUUCAGUUGUGGCAGUCGUCUCCAGCCAGUUCUCUCAAUGUUUGGUUUUCAUCUGCCUCCUGCUGGUCAGAUCUGGCACUUCAAGCUCUGCAGUUUCUCGCAGGAGAGACUAAAGAUGGCAUGAUGGCGCUCCCCAGCGGCUUUUCUCCAUUCGUGGAAUUUGUGGAUGAGUCUCAGCAGUGGCGAUGGAUCGGUCCCACUCAGGACACGGAGAAGGAUCUGUGUGCCCUCUGUCAGCUGUGGCUGGACUCCAAAGACUUUGUUGUUAAGACCGAGAGUGAAGACAUGAUAGAGAUGACUUCUCCAACACCAAAACUGUCGACUGAUUAUGUGGUGCGGCCCAGCACUGGAGAUGAGAGACAGGUGUUUCAAGUCCAGGAGCAGCAACGAUACAACCAGCCGCACAAAGCCUUCACCUUCAGGAUGCACGGCUUCGAGUCCGUGGUGGGGCCCGUGAAAGGGGUGUUUGAUAAGGAGAUGUCUCUCAACAAGGCCAGGGAGCACACGCUGCUCCGCUCCGACCGGCCGCCAUACGUCACCAUUCUCUCUCUGGUUAGGGAUGCAGCAGCCAGGUUGCCGAAUGGAGAGGGAACAAGGGCGGAGAUCUGUGAGCUGCUCAAAGACUCCCAGUUUCUUGCCCCAGAUGUCACAAGUGCACAGGUGAAUACGGUUGUCAGUGGGGCUCUCGAUCGACUCCACUAUGAGAAAGACCCCUGUGUUAAAUACGACAUUGGUCGCAAACUGUGGAUCUACCUGCACCGCAACCGCAGCCAGGAGGAGUUUGAGAGGAUUCACCAAGCUCAAGCUGCAGCUGCAAAAGCAAGAAAAGCUCUGCAGCAAAAGCCCAAACCGGCCUCCAAGCCUAAGUCUGGGAAUAAGGAUGGAAUAAACAAAGGCCCUGGAUGUCUGGACUUGGUGCAGGAAAUGGGGCCUAAUCCCAUCUCACCGAUCCCUACGACGCCCACUCCAAACACGCCUGGAACUCCCAAGUCCCCCCUGCCCUGCCCCGCCACCACGCCCACCAAGGCCGGCGUCCCAGACGCGAUCAAAACGAGCCAGGGUGUGCUGCUCGUGUCGCCCCCUUCGCUGCCUCAGCUGGGGACCAUCCUACCCACCAGCCAGGCUUGUCCUCCGGCCUCCCAGCCGGUCACGUCCCAACACGCCGCUCGGAUAGUCAGUCACCUGGCGGCCGGCUCCCUCCCUCAGGUGCGGGUCGUUUCCGCUCAGCCGGGUCUCGGUGCUUCUGCGGGGCAGCAGGCCACGCUGGUUCAUCAGGCGCCCCACCAGAUCCGGAUGCCCGUGUCGGUGGGGACGAAGGGCAUUUCGCAGGCGGUGGUUUCUGUGCCUUUGAGAAGUCAGUCUGGUACCAGUCCCGUCCAGGUUCCCACCACCCUCUCCGUGUCAACUGUGACCAAACCUCACACGGGAUCACCGGGAAGCCCGGCUCACACCCCCGGUUCUCCCGCCGUGCUCCAAGGUGUCAGCAGCCCCAACAUCAAGCAGGUGUCCAUCACGGGGCAGUUGGGCAUGAAGACUCCUGGCGGGACAGGAAUUCCCAUCACGGCGACUAACCUGCGCAUCCAGGGUAAAGAUGUCCUCCGCCUCCCGCCGUCCUCCAUCACCACGGACGCCAAAGGCCAGACGGUGCUGCGCAUCACCCCGGACAUGAUGGCUACUCUCGCCAAGUCCCCCGUCGCCACCGUCAAACUCACCUCCGACUUCCUGGGCGCGGCCACGUCGGGCAGCAAGAGCAUCUCUGCCACCCUGCAUGUGACCCCCACCUCCGCGGCCUCCGGCGCUCCCAGCGGCGCGGGGGAGGCGCAGGCCGCCAAGGCGGGCCCCGUGGCCUCCACGGUGCUGAAGGCGGCCGGAGACACGGCCAUACGCCUGAUGCCCACGCUGGCCGUCACCAUGGCCGACCAGAAGUCGCGGACUUUCUCCAGCGUCUCCUCCCCCGACAAGACCGGCGCCACCAUCCGGAUAAUGCCGGGCCUCGGGGUCAUCCCGCAGAAACAGGGUCAGACCAUCACCAUGACGACCACGACGGGCAGCAAGACGCUCACAGCGUCGACAUGUGCCAACGUUGUGACAAUGGCCGCCAACGUGGUGGCGGGCGCCAAGGGGAUCACCGUGGCGCCUGGAGCCUCGGGCUCCACGCUGACGCUGGGAACCGCCACCGCCACCGUCCGACAGGUGCCCGCCACCGUGGUCUCCACGCAGUCGGGGAAGUUACCUGCACGGAUCACCGUGCCCCUCUCCGUCCUCAACCAGCCGCUGAAGAGCAAGAGCGUGGUGACCACGCCGAUUGUGAAAGGAAGUCUCAACACAAACAGUCUCAGCAGCCUGGGUAGGAACAUCAUCCUGACCACGAUGCCUGCAGGGACGAAGCUGAUCGCAGGAAACAAACCGGUCAGCUUCGUGACGGCGCAGCAGUUCCAGCAGCUCCAGCAGCAGGGGCAGGCCACGCAGGUUCGGAUUCAAACGGUCCAGACUCAGCCGCUCCAGCAGCACAUGGCAACAGGAUCCCCAAAACCUGUUUCAACCGUCGUGGUCACAACAGCACCCUCACCCAAGUGUGUACCUGAUCCUCCACCUGCUCCUCAACAGUGAUCUCAUCUCGCAAUGAUGUCUGUUUGCUUAUUGGAGCUCUUUUGUUCUCAGGCCUAGUCGUGAUUAUACAACCUUUUAUGCUCCCGUUGGUCUGGAAACGACCUUGACAGCAAGUCAGAAACCUUCACAGUUAAUGCUUUUGGCUCGAUCUAAGAUUCCUGCUGUCCUCCCGUUUGUUCUCAGUUUCGUUGCCGCUUAAAGGCCAAAAUAUCUUGAAAGAAAACUCACAAAUUCUAUAGACAAGUGUGUUUGUUGUCCUUUACAGUGGAACGACCUUUCGCUUGAUGCUCUGCAGAUGUGAAAUGAUUUCAAACUGCAACUUGUUACGUUGUAAAUAUUAAACAUUUAAUAUACCAUUGAUGUGACUGUCAAUAGGAUAUUGUUUUAUUCGUGUGUGUUUUAUAUGGCAUAUUAACAGUUGUUCAUUGAGUGGGACUUGAUUUAUUUGAAUGUUGUAACUUGAUAAUAUAUUUUGUUCUUUUCAAAUGACACUUUGUAUUUCUGAAAUGUUCUCAAACCACAAUUUAAAUACUUUUUUUUAACAAAAAAGUCUAAAACAAUGCCAUAUAAAUCAGAGGUUAUCACUUACAUAGAGAACAUAUUUUUCCUAUAGACAGGUGAUGAAAAUAAAAGGUAGACGUGGCCUCAUUCUUCA